AAUACCGGACAAAUACAUCAUUCUAACAGUCAUUUCACAAUCGAAAAAAAAAAAUUGCGAUUAAAAUGUUUUCGAAAUCUGUUCUUUUGUUGAUAUGUGCGAUAUCCUUAAGGGAGGUCCUGGGACAUGGAAUGAUGCUUGAACCCCCAAAUAGAAGCUCUCUAUGGAAAUUCUAUACGGCCGAUAAUGACAAAGUUGUUAUUAACUAUAAUGAUAACCAAAACUUCUGCGGUGGAUAUGCAACACAAUGGGAAACUUUCAAUGGAAAAUGUGGAGUUUGUGGAGACGUUUACAACGCACCUCAUCCCCAGGACAACGAAAACACCGGCUUGUAUGGAAAAUUCGGUCCUGUCAGAACCUACAAAUCAGGUGAAGUUGUGAAUGUUACAGUUCUGCUCACUUCAAACCAUAAAGGUCACUUCAAAUACAGCCUUUGUGCAUUAGAAGAUCCAACCAAACCAGAAAGUGGAGAAGAAUGUUUUCAGGAGUUGAGUUUGGAGAAUGGAAGUCCCGCUUAUAUUGUUUCUCCCACUGAUUAUUACGUUUACAAUAGAGUGAAACUACCUGAAAAUUUUACUUGCAAUAGAUGUGUUCUGAGAUGGCAUUAUACUGCUGGUAACAACUGGGGUUGGUGUACCAAAUCUGUUGGAGCAGUUGGUUGUGGUCCACAAGAGACCUUCAGAUCAUGUUCUGAUAUUAAAAUUGAAAAGUAAUGAUCAUCAAAUUGACGCACCAGAUUAUUCAUGAGUAACGAAAAUAAGAAAUGAGUAAAAUAAUGAAGAAGUGAAAGUCAUCUUUGAUAAGCAGCAGUAUUACAUGUUAUCGUUAUUUAUUCUUUCAACAUAAAUAAAAUAUAUUUUUUCAAUA